AUGCCGGCCAACUCUGAAAAGCUGGCACGCCAUUUGCAAGGGCAAUCAGGCAAGGCUAACAAGGCAUAUUAUGGUAUGGCCAAAAAAUACCACCCCGACACCAACAAAGAGCCAGAUGCGAAAGAAAAGUUUACCGAGGCACAAUCCGCAUACGAGGUUUUGUCUGAUCCUAAGAAGAGAGAGGCCUUUGACCAAUAUGGAUCUUCCGCAUUCGAUGGUAGUGGUGGAUUUGAUCCGUCCGGGGGCGCUGGCUACAAUCCUUUCGCUGGUGCGCAAGGCGCAGGCGGUUUCUCUGGGUUUGGCGGUGGCUUCGGUGGAUUUGGAGCCGACAUUAAUUUUGAGGAUCUCUUCAGUGCAUUUAGUGGUGGAGCGAGAAGAAGAGGCUCGCGGGCCAACCCUUUCAUGCAAGAAGAAAUAUUAGUUGGUGACAAUAUUGAAGUACAGGCCAAUAUUUCUUUCAUGGAUGCUGCGAAAGGAAUGAGCAAAGACAUACCUGUUACUCCUUUGGUCGAAUGCAAGACAUGCACCGGUAGUGGCUUGAAGAAGGGAACAAAGAGAUCCGAAUGUAAGCGGUGUGGAGGCACUGGAACUCGAGUCCAUUUCAUGCAGGGUGGUUUCCAAAUGGCCAGCACCUGUGAUGCUUGUGGUGGACAAGGUGUUGUCAUUCCUCGGGGAAGCGAAUGUGGCACUUGUUCGGGCAACGGAGUGGUUCGCGAGAGGAGAACUGUCAAUAUUGAUAUCCCUGGUGGAGUUGAGGAUGGUAUGAGACUACGUGUUUCCGGUGAGGGUGAUGCCCCGCCUACUGGCCUUUCCGGUGACCCCAAGGCACGAUCGAGAAAAGGUGAUCUCUUCGUCUUCAUCCGAGUUGCGCCCGACCCGCAGUUCAAGCGUUCUGGAUCCGAUGUCUUGUAUACUGCUACAAUCCCGCUUACAACUGCCGUUCUUGGCGGUGAGAUUAAGAUUCCGACGUUGGAUGGAGACGUUAAGGUCAAGGUGGGCACUGGAACUGGAACGGGAGACAAGAUCACUCUGAGUGGCAUGGGCAUGCGACGUCUCGGCAGCCGCAAGGGCGUUAAUGGCGAUUUGAAGGUUGAGUUCAAGGUGGCCAUGCCCAAAUCUCUGAGCGCAAACCAGCGUACUAUCGUGGAGAUGUUGGCCGACGAGAUGGGUGACAAGAAUGCCAGACGCAUCAUGAACUUUGGCAGCAGUGGAAAAAACACCAGCAACGAGCCCGCUUCCUCUUCUUCCACAACCCCACCUUCGCCACCUUCAGACAAGGACGGAGUUGAUUCUUCUCCUUCACAUAAAAGCCAAGGGUUUCUGAAGUCGGCAUGGAAUCGACUGACGAAGCACGACGAAAGUAAAAAGACAUCGGAUCAGUCCAGUGAGGAUGACCCAUCAAAGAAGUCCUCUGGUUCGGGGCAAGCGGGGCACUUCCGAACGGGUUCCCCGGCCGCAAGCAGCACGAUGGUUCACUCACCAAUGAUCUCCAGCCCACUGAAGCAAACAAACGAGAUUGACUGGAUUAUCCCUCUCAAGGGCUACAUUCGACAAACCUAUGGCGACGAUCCUGAAAGAUAUGCGGAAGAAUGCGCCACUUUGAACCGGCUGCGCCAGGACAUGCGAGGCGCGGGGAAGGAUAGUGCCUCAGGAAGGGAUCUCCUAUACCGAUAUUACGGGCAGUUAGAGCUCCUAGAUCUCCGAUUCCCCGUCGAUGAGAACCAUAUCAAGAUUUCGUUCACUUGGUUUGACGCAUUUACGCACAAGGCAACAUCACAGUACUCCCUCGCCUAUGAGAAGGCCUCAAUCAUCUUCAACAUCUCAGCAGUCUUAUCCUGUCAUGCCGCUCAUCAAAAUCGUUCUGAAGACGCUGGUCUGAAAACCGCCUACCAUUCGUUUCAAGCAUCUGCUGGCAUGUUCACUUACAUCAACGAAAACUUCCUCCAUGCUCCGUCCACUGACCUGAGCCGGGAUACGGUCAAGACGCUUAUCAGUAUUAUGUUGGCGCAGGCACAAGAGGUGUUUCUCGAAAAGCAGAUCAUGGAUGACAAGAAGGUUGGACUGCUUGCCAAACUUGCAAGUCAAGCAAGCUUUCUGUACUGGCAGUCGGUAGAAGGUGUCCAGGAGAAUGUCAAUAAGGCCAUAUUUGAGAAGGUUUGGCUACUUCUCACUCAGAUCAAGGCAAAUCACCUGGCAUCGGUUGCACAAUACUAUCAAGCAAUUGCGGAUAAUGACGCAAACUCACACGGCACCGCCAUCUCCAGACUACAGGUGGCUGAACGGUAUUCCCGGGAUGCGCAGAAGAUGGCAAAUUCUUUUCCCUCUUCAACACCAACCAAUUCGAACCUCAGCUCCGAGACUGGUCCGGUCCUCGUUGAUAUUAUAAAAAGACAUCUGAGCAUCGUUCAAGAAAGGCUCAAUGAGUUUAUCAAGGACAAUGACUAUAUCUACCAUCAGGUCAUUCCGGCUGAAGCUUCUCUGACUGUCAUCCCAAAGCUUCCAGCGGCCAAAGCAAUUCCAGUGAGCGAGCUCUACCAGGGUCAGGAUAUUCAACGUAUCAUUGGACCGGACAUCUUCCAGAAAAUUGUGCCCAUGUCCGUCACAGAGUCGGCCAGCUUGUAUGACGAAGAAAAGGCAAAAUUAAUACGAGCGGAAACCGAGCGGGUUGAGGUAGCCAAUAGCGAGAUGGCAACCAGCCUUGACUAUCUCAAACUGCCAGAAAGUUUGAAUGUGCUCAAAGGCGGCUCAAGGCCCGAUGCUGCGGUGGAUGACGAAUUCCGACAUUGGUGCUCGGAGUUGGCAGGGCAUGAGCCUUUUGGUCGUGCUUUCGACCAACUCAAAGCCGAUCGUGCGAGUAUCCUGGAUUUACUCGACCAGUGUGCGAAACAAAUGGACAUGGAGGAGAGCGUUUGCGAGAAGAUGCGUUCCAAAUAUGGCGCCGAUUGGACGCAGCAACCCAGCUCUAGGCUGACGUCUACCCUCCGCAACGAUCUUCGUAGCUAUCGGUGCGCAAUUGACGAGGCGAAUGCAAGUGACAUGCAGCUUAUGAGCACGUUCCGUCAAUAUGAAUCCGACUUCGAGGAGAUGCGCUCGGCCGGUGAGACUGAUGAGGCAGAUGUUCUCUUUCAAAGAGCUAUGAUAGUUGCCGGAGGCAGUCGUAAAGGAAGGAAUGGUGUCGGCAGCCCGCUGUCAUCUCAGGCAGAGGGUAAUCUUCUCGAUGAGGAUUACGGCGAGACCAGCGUCUCUGUAGCAGACCAGAUCGCCAAGGUAGAGGACCUCUUAAAGCGGCUGAAUCUUAUCAAACGAGAGAGGACGCAGGUGUUAAAAGACCUCAAGGAUAAGGUUCGGGAGGACGACAUCUCAAAUGUGCUAAUCCUUAACAAGAAGUCAAUUCCGACUCACGAAACGCAGCUCUUCCAGGCCGAAUUAGAAAAGUUCCGACCUCACCAAAAUAGAUUGCUGCAAGCAAGUCAUAAACAAUCCCUGCUUAUGAAGGAGCUCACCAAGGCUUACGGUGAGCUUUUGCAAGAUCGGCGUGUGCAAUCGGAGCAGACCAAGCAUGAAGGCGUUAUAAGACAAAGGACUUCUGUUAUGACGAAAUACAAGCGAAUCUAUUUAGCUUUCAAUGAUCUUAUUUCUGGGCUUCUGCGCGCGCAGAGCUUUUAUUCUGAGAUGAAAGAGAGCGUCGACAGCCUGAGUCAAAACGUCGAGACGUUUGUCAACAAUCGCAGGUCUGAAGGAGGCCAGCUUCUAAGUCAGAUUGAGCGGGAUCGUGCGACCGCCGCCAGUGGACAAGCUGAUCGGGAACGGGAAAGAAUGCGAGACUUGAUGGAUCGAAUGUCAAUGGACCCGUCUUCAUCAACCUCACCCGUCAGUGGCCCUCCCGCACCCCCUCGACCUGGCUCAUCUCGCACCCCUACUACUCAGUCAUCAUCAUAUCAAAGCCAUAACCGUGCGGCUGUCGCGCCCUCACCACCACUGUCCCCUCGCUAUCCUCCAAGCACCUCCACUCCGAACCAAUAUACAUCACCAAUAUCACAUUCAGCGGCCCCGAACGGCUCGACCCCAGUUACUGCCCACCCUGGCUUUUCUGCAACGCCGGCGGAGAGUUACCACAGAUUACAACAACAUGCUGCGCCUGGAAGAGAUGCCUACAGUCACCGUCCGCCGCCCCUCUCUUUGUCCCAAGAAGCCACUGGCGCAGGUACAUACAACCCCAGCAACUACCCGCAAAUGUCGCCCCCUGCGACUCAGCAAUACUUCACGCCCUCUCAGUAUGGGUAUCAACCAUCUCCACACCAUCCGCCUAAACAGUACAUGCCUCCGGGUUACGUGCCACCGCCACCUCCGCCUGGGCCUCCGCCGGCCGUCAGCUCUCCUCAUCAAAACUAUCCUCCCGCGGCCACUAGCCAUUAUCCUACGGGAUCAGCAAGCUAUUCCCAUUUACAGUCUCCUCCAACCAGUCAAGCGCAGGCUCAAGGUCAAAAUGAUCCGUAUGCCGCGCUCAACGCUUGGAGGUAA